GUACGUAUCUGUGGCAACGGCUUUACCCGAUAUUUAGCUUGCGCGGAGCGUUAGAGGCUGAAACGUGAAAUAAGAACCCGUGUAAAGAUGGUUUUCAAUCGAUUUUUUUUUUAGAAUAACUUCAGUAAAAUGAGGAAGUAGCCAGGGCAUGUUGCUAGCAAUGCUGCUAACGAUAGCCACUGGACACAAUAAGAGCGGCUGCGACACGACUCUCUCUAGGCAUCUGUGGCUGCUCUUCCAGGUUCAACAGAGAAAACAAACAACAAAAAUGGAGGAGAUCAAGACCGAGCCGGUGGAUUUCGUGAGAGAGUUUCAAGAAUACCUAACCCAGCAAACUCAGCAUGUCAACAUGAUCUCGGGUUCAAUCUGUGGGGAAAGGGAGACGACCGAGCAGUUUCAAGCUGCUGCUCCCAGAUGUGAGCAGACUUUCCUGGACCCUGCUUCUGUGGAGGUGAGCCUGCCUGCGGAGGACGGAUCGGAUACGCAGGUGGAGGGUCUGGAGAGAACCUGCGAUGGGAAAUACAAGUGCAGCUACUGCAGCUAUGCUAACAAGGGCAUGGCUCGUUUAAUAGAGCACAUCCGCAUCCACACAGGUGAAAAGCCUCACCGCUGCCAGCUCUGCCCAUUUGCCUCUGCAUACGAGCGCCAUCUGGAAGCACACGUGCGCUCCCACACGGGAGAGAAGCCCUACAAGUGUGACCUGUGCGCCUUCCGGUGCAGCGACCGCAGCAACCUGUCGCACCACCGCCGGCGCCGCCACAAGCUCCUGCCCACCAGGGUGGUCCGUUCGCCUUUCUCCAGUAAGAGGAUGCUGAGCUCCUUGCAGAAAAGGACCGGCUCGCUGGGCUUCGGCCGGCGGCUCCUGAUCAACCUCAACCCCACCUCGGCCGUCGUGCCCAGGUCCGACUAUUUCAACGAGUUUUCACACAAAGUCCCGCAGCUGAACGGCAGGGAACACAAAACCCCUCCUAAGACGGACGAGAACGAGAGCUGGAGCCGGAUCUCAAAUGGUUUUAGAAGCUCACUGGAUCAGCUUUCUCUUCUCGCAGGUCAUCUGAGCAACGCUAACCCCGAUUCUCGGAGUCCUGCGUCACCUGACAGGCAGUCCUUAAAAGACGAGAAGCCCAUCCUCGCGGAACAGGUGCGCUCCGACGGCAUGCAGACGUCUCCCCCGAAAGAAGAAUCUCCCACCUCGGGUCAGAAAAGCAGCAGUUUUGCGUCUGGCUGUGGCACGGAGACUAACGCCACCGCUUCCAGUGGGAGCGUUAGCAACAGCCAGGCGAGCACGCCGACUCCCGCUGCAAGUACCCCGAACGAAGACGGCCAGAACCUCCUACACAGAUGCAAGCACUGUGAUAUUCACUUCUCUGACAACAUCAUCUAUACUAUUCACAUGGGCUGCCACGGCUAUGAACAUCCGUUCCAAUGCAACAUAUGCGGCCACAUGUGCAUGGACAAAUACAAUUUUGCAUGCCACUUUGCUCGGGGACAACAUAAAAUUGACGCAAGUAAUUAAAAUCGGAGGGGGGGGGGGGGGGUUAUGGUGCCUUCCUAAACGAUUCAUGGCCCUUGAACUUUAAAGAUUUGUCACGUUGAAACCGCAGACCUCAAUGUUUUUCAUCCAUUUUCUUUAUGCAAUAGACCAAUCAAUUUAAAGUGGGAGGAAUAAUACAUUAUUUCAUAUGACUAUACAUAAUAAACUUCAGAGCAACCAUUUACCUUUUGUGACCACAGAGCUCUGUUCGCUCUAUUAUCCGAAAUGGAAAGAUUUUAGCACAACUGCAAUCUAGACAUCCGUCUAAACUGCCAGGUCAAGUAGCUCUGGAGGAUCUGCAGACAUCCACAGCUCAGGUUGAAAGGAAAAACACAGAUCCCAUAGUGAAACGUGAUGGGAGCGUCCUGCCGUGGGGAUGCUUUUCUUCAGCAGGGACAGAGACAACCAUUCAUAGCUGAUGGGAAGAUGAAAGGAGCAAAAAAUAACCGAAAGAAAAAAUGUCAGAGGGGGCCAGUUACUUGGGACUGGGGCGGUUGAACGGAAAUGCGUCCAACUAUGAAAACCUGGUCUCUGGAUUUCAUGUUAGCAAUAAGCAUAGAAGGGCUGUUGGGGAAGUGGUCGUUUUAAAUCAGAAAGUUUUUUUUUUUUUUUUUUUCGUGGGCCAGGCUUAAGAGAGCAGGGAUCUGCAACGUUCCGUCACUCAGGAGACUUUUUGAAUGACUUGGCUCCUUUCACUGUAAAACCUAGAAGGACGUUUUAAGCACUAAGAAAUAACUUCCUGCCUCAUUCAGAUGCUGACAGUAUUUAAAGAAACCCACUAAAGCACAAUAUGUUCCACAACUUCAUAUCAAUCAGCUUUCCUGAUUCUACUUGUUUUGUUAUUGAUCAGCUCUAAUAAACAAUAUUCAUGUAUUUUAGCGUCUACAUGCACUGGGACGUUGUCUUAGUGCUGAAACAUGUAAUUUGUCAUUGUAUAAAGGUUUAUAACCCCUCAGUUUGAAAUACAGCCAAGCUUGAAACAUUCCA